AUGGACGGCGACUACCAAAACAUGAUGGCGAUGGCUGGACAAGGGGGUGGUAUGGGCAGAGGCGAUGGCACUACCCCAGAUAACGGCGAAGUCAUCCACAUCUCGUCACUUGCUCUGCUGAAGAUGUUGAAGCACGGUCGCGCUGGUGUGCCCAUGGAGGUUAUGGGACUUAUGCUCGGCGAAUUCGUGGAUGAGUACACCGUCCAAGUCGUAGAUGUCUUCGCCAUGCCCCAAUCUGGUACGACCGUGACAGUCGAAUCGGUGGACCAUGUCUUCCAAACAAAGAUGCUGGAAAUGUUGAAACAAACGGGGAGACCAGAAAUGGUAGUAGGCUGGUAUCAUUCUCACCCCGGUUUUGGCUGCUGGCUAUCAAGUGUCGAUAUCAACACACAGCAAUCAUUUGAGCAACUACACCCCCGCUCAGUCGCCGUCGUGAUUGACCCUAUCCAGUCCGUCAAAGGAAAAGUCGUAAUUGAUGCCUUCCGCCUUAUCAACCCACAUGCCGUUAUCUCUGGUCGUGAACCCAGGCAGACGACCUCAAAUAUCGGACAUAUCAACAAACCUUCGAUACAGGCUCUCAUCCACGGGUUGAACCGACACUACUACUCGAUCGCGGUGAACUAUCGGAAAACCGAACUCGAGCAAUCGAUGUUAAUGAAUCUACACAAGCGGAACUGGACAGAAGGUCUCAAGCUGCGUGAUUUCUGUGUUCAUAGGGAGACGAACGAAAAGGCCAUAAAGUCAAUGCUUUCAUUAUCCGAGGCAUAUAACAAGUCUGUUUUGGAGGAAUCGACUCUCACAGUGGACCAAUUAAAGACACGACAUGUGGGCAAGCAAGAUCCCAAACGCCAUCUAGAAGAACAGGUAGAGAAGGCAAUGGGGGACCAGGUUGUCCAGAAUCUUGGUACAAUGCUUCUAGCCGAGCUGUAG